AUGUCGCUCAAGGAAGAGUUCCAGACCCGUAACUUCAGCAUCUACGGACAAUGGCUCGGCAUAUUGUCUAUGAUCAUCUGCUUAGCUACCGGCAUCUCAACAAUCUUUACCUUUAAAGUCGUCUUGAUCAUCUUUGCUGCCAUUGCCAUCGCCUCGUCGUUUCUGAUCUUGUUUAUCGAAGUCCCCUUGCUUCUGCGAAUUUGCCCUACCUCUGGAAAGUUCGAUGACUUUGUUCGCAAAAUUUCAACAAACUACAUGCGAGCAGCCGCUUAUGGAAUCAUGGCUUUCCUCCAAUUCCUGAGCAAUCUUGGUGGUCCCAGCAGCUUGAUUGCUGCUGGUGUCUUCCUGACGCUCACUGGUAUCUGCUAUCUUCUUGCUGCUAUCAAGGGCCAGGCCUUUGUUGGAAGCAAGACCCUCGGUGGAGCUGGUGUUGCGCAAAUGAUUGUCUAA